AUGUUCUUUCUUUCUUCCUUUCUUUUUUCUUUUCAGUCUCUCUUUUCUUUUUCUCUCUUUUUCUGUUUUCUUUUCCUUUCUCCUUAUUUUAAUGUUCACUGUUUUCUUCCUUCCUUUUUCUUUUCAGUCUCUGUUUUCUGUCUCUUUUCCUUUCUCCCUUAUUAUAAUGUUCUUUCUUCCUUUUCUUCCUUUCUGUUUUUUUCUUUUCAGUCUCUCUUUUCUUUUCUUUUUUUCCUUUUCUUUCCUUAUUAUAAUGUUCACUUUCUUUCUUCCUUUUUAUUUUUCAGUCUCUCUUUUCUGUUUUCCUUUCUCCCUUAUUAUAAUGUUCACUUUCUUCCUUCCUUUUUCUUUUCAGUCUCUCUUUUCUGUUUUCCUUUCUCCCUUAUUAUAAUGUUCACUUUCUUCCUUCCUUUUUCUUUUCAGUCUCUCUUUUCUCUCUUUUCUUCUCUCUUUUUCUGUUUUCCUUUUUUUUCUUUUCUUUCUCUUUUCUUCUCUCUUUUCUUUUUUCCUCUUUUUUUCUUCCCUUAUUAUAAUGUUCACUUUCUUCCUUCCUUUUUCUUUUCAGUCUCUCUUUUCUGUUUUCCUUUCUCCCUUAUUAUAAUGUUCACUUUCUUUCUUCCUUUUUCUUUUCAUCUCUCUUUUCUGUUUUCCUUUCUCCCUUAUUAUAAUGUUCACUUUCUUUCUUCCUUUUUUUUCUUUCUGUUCUCUUUUCUUAUUUUUCCUUUCUUCCUUAUUUUAAUGUUCACUUUCUUCCUUUCUUUUUCUUUUCAGUCUCUCUUUUCUUUUUUUUACCUUUCUUCCUUUUAUUCUGUUUCUUCUUUUCACUUUCCCUCUCUUUCCUCGUCUCUCUUUUCAGUCUUUAAUUUUUCUUUCUUUUCUAUUUCUUUUCAGUCUUUUACUUUUUAUUUCUUCUUCUCCUCCUCCUUCUUUUAUAUAUCCUUUUUGUCUAUCUUUUCACUUUUUUUUCCUUCUCUGUACUUUUCAUUCUAUACUCCACUUUUCUCACAUUUCAUCUCCUUUUCUUUUUCUUCAUUAUGA